AGGAUUUUCCAAUCCGAUGCAAGUUUCACCUCUAGAAGAAUGCUUCGUGUCAGAAUUUAGUGAAUUCCACGCACUAUACCUGACAAUCCUGACAGGGGCGGCACGUGGACGUGUUCUAAAAUUGUUCGGUCGCCUAUAGUGACGUCAUUCAGUUUCCACAUAAUUAUAAUGUCCAACAAUUGCGUAUAUGUAGUAUUCUGUCAUGAUAUUUGACAUGUGUGUAAUAUAACUGCGAGAAUUGUCAUUGAUAUUAUACAUGACAAUUGUGUACGCCUGCUCAUACACAUCCUUGGUUGUGUUUCACGUAGCUCUCGCUCAUAUGAAUUUGUGUAACACACUUUUUCUAUUAAACAUUGCCAUAUGGCGGUUGCAUACAUGUAUUUGAUUCAGAGUAAAUUUAUGUAAAAAAGGCUAGUUUAGAAUUAGAUCACAAAAAUGGCACCGCAGUUACGAAUUUUAUCUAAUGUUUUGGAGCGUUUGAAAAAUAUAAAUGAGAACGUGACAGGUUACCUGUAUGGUAUUAUGUAUAAUAAUACGUUAACUGUAUUAACAUUUAGUAUAAACAUAGAAAAUGACACCGAGGCGAAUAUAAAUCACACGAUUUUACAACUGCAUAUGCCAGCAGAAAUAUAUCUCUGUGGUGUUGUACAUAUUGGUGAAUGCGAAGAGAAGCUUCCCGAUACAUUUCAAGAUAUCGAUAUCACGGAUAAUCCGUUAUUUCUAAAAUAUUCAAAUCAAAAUGCAAAAAUAGAGGUAUAUUUUUAUAUUCAUCAAAAACUUGAAGCUGUUAAUAGUGUAAACAUCAUUCAUGAGAACGAUAUUCAAAGAGAAUUUAUGUAUAUCAGAUUAAGAGGAAACUUGCCAUUAAUUGCUCAAAAUGGUAAUAUAAUGGAGAUAUUAGAUGAAUUAAGAAAAAAUAUUGCAUCAGGAAAAAUAGGCAUACACUUUCCAUUGAAAAAUACGUUUCUCCUUAAUAAUGAAAGUAAUUCAAAAGACGCAUCCUUGAAGGAACUUAUAGAUAUCCCCGAAUAUUAUCAGGGAUCCCCAAAUGCAAAGAAAAACAUUAUGCGGCCAACUGGAGUUGUGGAUGUUACGGAUGCUAAUAUACUUUUAAAACUGUCUGGAGAUAGGUUCUCUGAGGAACGUAUUAAAUAUGCUCCAGUACUCCAAUAUGUAAAACGACAAUUUAGUAGUUUCGAAUGUAAUCUACCUAUUGAUACAUUGUCUUUGGUCAAUCUCGAUGUAAGUUCAGCAGAUUUACAUGGUAUAUUGGUGGAGUCAAUGUGCCGAAACAUUAAAUUAAUAGAAAAGUGUUUCGACGAUCAGCUCAAACAACCUGAGCAAUCUACAAAAUUGCCCAUAUCCAUUCAUUUCAAACCCCAAGGUUUGGGACACUUGUUUACAGUAGUCUAUCCAAAAGGUAACACCGAUAAAGAGACAGUACCAUACCGUGAAGUUUUACAUAAAACUUUAGCACUAGAAAUGACUAGACCUUGCUUUUGUUAUGGAAAUGCUGUGAGAUUUUCUAGUACAGUACAAGCAGACGAUGUACUUUUAAAUCCUCAUGAAGCAAUUUCACAAAACAAUGAUAUGCUAAAUAGUACACGAAAUGUAGGCAUCGUACAAGGUCUAUAUGCAUAUCAUCAUUAUAUGCAGGAUAACUUCAAUGAUAAUGGUUGGGGAUGUGCAUACAGAUCUCUGCAAACGAUUAUUUCCUGGUACAGAUUACAGGGUUACACUGAAGUACCUGUACCCUCCCAUCAUACAAUACAAAAGUGUUUAUUUGAUAUAGGAGACAAACCAUCGAACUUUAUUGAUAGUAAACAGUGGAUUGGUUCCACAGAAGUUGGUUUUGUAUUAGAAAGUCUUUUAGGUAUUAGUGUUAAAAUACUUUGUGCAUCCACUGGAGAAGAAGUUUCGCAACUAGCUCCAAAUUUAAUACAUCAUUUUCAGACACAAGCUACACCAGUAAUGAUUGGGGGAGGUGUAUUAGCUCACACAAUUCUAGGAGUCAGCUGCGAUGAAAGUACUGGUGAUGUGAAAUUUUUAAUUUUAGACCCACAUUAUACAGGAACAGAACAUUUGCCAACCAUAAUAAGUAAAGGUUGGUGUGGGUGGAAAAGUAAAGACUUUUGGAAGAAAAAUGCAUUUUAUAACAUGUGCCUUCCUCAAAGGCCAUUGCGCAUCUAAUGUUAUUGAAUUUGAGCCUAAAAGAAAAUUAAAUGCCAUCACACUAACAGUGUUCAAAUGUACUCAUUCCAACUAAUGUAUUGGAAACAAUGUGGUACAUAAUUAGAUAUUGCAUUUUAAAGUGAAUGUGCAACUAUAAAAUAUCAUAUUUUGUGACACAGUUAUUACGUGUGAGAGUUGCCAUCAAAGAAUGUGUGUAAUAGGAAAAAUUGUUAUUAUGUUGUCUAAUGUAAACAAAUUACAUUUUACAACUAUUUUCCUUGAAUUCCUGGGAAUGAAUAGGAAAACAUAGUAUUUAAUGCUAUAUACAAUGUAAAUAUUCAUUCCGAUUUUCUAUAUUGAUACUUCAAUGUUAUCCGUUUUAAACAUUUUCUGUUUUAAAUAUUAAGAAUUCUUUUAUAUUUAUAUUUAAUGUAGAUGAAAUGGAAUGCAUUUAUGCCUGCAGUAAUUGCAUGUCAAGUUCGUUUUCAAAUUCGAUAUAAAGGUGCACAUACUGUUUACAGGA